CAAGAAAGUGUUUUUAUUCAGAACAUUACUCACAGGUACCCAGGAUCAUUUUGUUAAACAUGAUCAAGACAUCUGUGGUUUGUGGUUGGAAAGAAACGUUCACUUGUGGUGGAUGCAGACCUCUAUAAAAGAGCUCCACAUGUCUCUGAGGAGCAUAUCUGAACCUUGAUUCUGAAAGCUUCAUUUUCACACUGGUUAAAGAUCCUCUGCUAAGAUGCUCCGCAACAUCUUUCUUGUCAGCUUGCUCAUAUAUGCAGUUUGUGCAACUCAUUGGGAGAUCCGUGAGGUGGAUUCUGCUGAGGACCAAGAUGAAGAGAUCUCUGCUGACAGCAUGUCGACACAGCAGAUAUUUAAUAAGUGCGAUAUAUGCAAAAAAAUCAUGAAGGCAGUGAAAAAGAAACUCUCCGCUAAUGCAACACCGGAUGAAAUUAAAGAAAAGCUGAACAACGCCUGUAAUAAAUUUAAGCUGGUGAGUGGUAAGUGCAAGAAACUUGUUCAGAAGUAUCUGCACGCUAUAAUUGAUGAGCUGAUGACGGAGGAUGGACCAAACACUAUCUGUACUAAAAUUCAUGCCUGCAAGUCAAAACCACCCAUAAAGGAGUUCAUUUUUGUACAUGAUCAGGCUCAUGACAAUUUCUGAAUGAAAAUAAAUGAUUGCAUUGAAAGCAUUACAGUAUAUGUAUUACACUGAAAACAAAAUAAAACAUGA